CCGGCCAGCUGAGCUGCUGAGGCUGGCCGCGCCAGUUUGAAUGAAAGCUCCGCAAGAUGGCGGCGGCCGGAGCCGAGGCCCCGAGAGGUGAGGCUGGAGCGCAGUGUCACCGGCCGCCAGGUCCGCUCCCGAGGCCCAAGCCCAGCCGGACGGCGAUGUGGGCGGGACGCCUCCGCGCGGACACCCCGAGCGCGGUACCCUCGCGGCCGGCUACGGACCCGGGACACGGCGGCUCCGUGCGAGCGUGGGUCCGAGUCCCGCGGGCCCGGGUCCUGGGUGGCGUGUGUGCACGCGCCGCCUCUUUCAAGGCCUGGUGUGUGCCUUGCCUAGUUUCACUUGAUACUCUUCAGGAAUUAUGUAGAAAAGAAAAGCUCACAUGUAAAUCGAUUGGAAUCACCAAAAGGAAUCUAAACAAUUAUGAGGUGGAGUACUUGUGUGACUACAAGGUAGUAAAGGAUGUAGAAUAUUACCUUGUAAAAUGGAAAGGAUGGCCAGAGUCUACGAAUACUUGGGAGCCCUUGAGCAACCUCAGGUGUCCACAACUGCUACAGCAGUUCUCCAGUGACAAGAAUAGUUUCUUAUCUCGGGUAAAGAAAGGGAAGGCAAUCACUCCAAAAAACAGUAGGAAAUCCUUGCCACCUGCUGUCGCUGAGUACAUUGUAAAGAAAGCCAAGCAAAGAAUAGCUCUCCAGAGAUGGCAAGAUUACCUCAACAGAAGAAAGAACCACAAAGGGAUGAUAUUUGUUGAAAAUACUGUUGACUUGGAGGGCCCACCCUUAGACUUUUACUACAUUAAUGAAUACAGGCCAGCUCCAGGAAUCACCAUAAACAAUGAAGCUACCUUCGGAUGUUCAUGUACAGACUGCUUCAUGGGAAAGUGUUGUCCUGUUGAGGCCGGAGUUGUUUUGGCUUAUAAUAAGAACCAACAAAUUAAAAUCAAACCUGGCACUCCCAUCUACGAAUGUAACUCAAGGUGUCUAUGUGGACCUGAUUGUCCCAAUAGGAUUGUACAAAAAGGCACACAGUAUUCACUGUGCAUCUUUAGAACUAGCAAUGGUUGCGGCUGGGGUGUAAAAACCCUUGUGAAGAUUAAAAGAAUGAGUUUUGUCAUGGAAUAUGUUGGAGAGGUGAUCACAAGUGAAGAGGCUGAGAAGCGUGGACAGUUAUAUGACAACCAAGGAAUCACCUAUCUUUUUGAUCUGGACUAUGAAUCUGAUGAAUUCACAGUGGAUGCAGCGCGAUAUGGAAAUGUGUCCCAUUUUGUGAAUCAUAGUUGUGACCCGAACCUUCAGGUGUUCAGUGUCUUCAUCGAUAACCUUGAUACUCGGCUUCCCAGGAUAGCACUGUUUUCCACGAGAACCAUAAAAGCUGGAGAGGAGCUGACUUUUGAUUAUCAAAUGAAAGGUUCUGGAGAAUUGUCUUCAGAUUCUGUGGACCACAGCCCUCCCAAAAAGAGGGUCAGAACUGAAUGUAAAUGUGGGGCUGAGACUUGCAGAGGUUACCUCAAUUGAAACUUCAGGAAACGGAGCACAGGAUUGUGUUUUGUUCUAAGAACUGAAAAAGUAUUUUCUAUUAUCAAGGUUAUAUGUAUGUUAAUGUACAACUUGUGUCUCAAGAUAUUUGCAAAGUACAUUACUGUUGCUUUUGAAGAGGACUGCAGGGGCUGGCCACAUAAACAGAAUAUAUUUGGUGGUUACAUACUAAACAUGGAAAGUGAACUACUUCUUAAUAGGCAAGUAUCCCCUUUAGUGUCUAAAAAGCAAUGAGGCAAUGGCUGUUGAUAUAAAACCUUUUACCAUGACUCAGAUAAUUCAGUUUAGGCAAAUGUACAAAUUUUAUUUUAUUUUUUUACUAUAUUGUUCCUGCUUAAUAUUCACUGAUCUUGUAUUUGAGACAAGUAAGCGGCACUGAAUUUUUUUACUGAAUUUUCUACUUUUACAUUAAAACAUCGACAUCUUAAUGAUAUAUUUCAGGUAUAAAAAGAAAUGUGAAAGAUACUCUUUUAGCUUGAUAACAUUCUAAAGCAAUAGAGACCAUUACAAAGACUGUAUGUCUGAACCUGAAAGUCUUAGAUUUUUAAUCCUGCUGAAGAAAAAUCUCUAAUCACCUUCUCUAGAAGUCCAUAGUGGCUGGCCAUUAUGCUUCUUUGCAAGGACAUAGCAGUGUGGCGAAGAGGACCCGCUGGGAGUGCCAGGCAGGGCAGAUGAGUACAGAAUGAGCCACAGCGUGAACCGAGGUCACACUAAGUAACUCUCAUCUGAACAGAAGUGCAACAGCCUCGGAGAGCACUUGUCCCUAAUGGCAGUGUAAUUCACAUCACAUUACUUCCACUGCCUGGCAGUUUUAAUAGUUCCUUUCCACUAAAUUUAAUUAUUUUUGCAUUUUCUGUAUGUCCUUGAAAAAUAUCCUAUAUUUGAACAGAUAUUGUUUUAUACAAGAAUUUUUAAAUGGAUAAUACUGAGUUUGGCCAAAGUUAUGUCUUAUUGAAUUUUUAUUAAUCUGUGGGGAUUAGAUGGGAUUUUCCCAUGUAUAAAACACAAUAAAGAAAAAACUUACUUUCAUCUUUUUGGGUCUGGGAAUUCUAAUCAUGGUGUCCAGUGUGAAGACCAAAAAAGAAAAAAAAGAAAGAAAUGGCAGCAAAUAAUCCUUUCAGUGUCCUGAUUAAGAUUUACCUAAGCUCACUGCUCUGGGCCUUAAUAGGCUGUAAUAAGCUCAAGUAAAAUGAACUGAAUCCAGGAAUUCAGCACUUCCUUUAUCUCCUCUUAACCUGUUUUGGGAGAAGCUACAAUGUUAUUCAGAAUAUUGCCUUCACAAGGCUACUUGUUCACAAUACAUAGAAUACACUGUUUGCAUAUUUGAGAUCUCAUUCUAUGUUUGCUACUCAGAAUUUUCAGAAUGUGUCAAGAAAAUAUAUAUAUAUAUUUUUUAAAUUGCAUUUUUUUUUUUUUGGUUUUUCUUUGAGAAUUUUAAAAGCAUUCUAGGUGUGGUUUUCUUCUCCCCAGAUACCAAACUCACUUUGAAGUAUUCUCAGGCUUAAAGACCAGAUUUUUAAAAAAAAAAAAAAAUUCAGUGUUUUGAUUUCCAAGAUAUUUGGUCUUAUUUACAUUCAGGUUAAAAGAAAAGAGAGGACAGAGGGGAAAGGAUUAUGUUUAAUAAACAUGUGGCUUUGUUUUGUCCUUACUAAUAGAAAUUUAAUGGGUCCUGAUUUUGUGGGUUGGGGGUAGGUCUUGAAGUAGGGUAGCGUGUGGCUCAGGCUAGCCCUGAAUUUUCUGUGAAGCUAGAGAUUAUCUUGAACUAUUACUCGCCUUCCUCUACCUCCUGCUGCUGAGAGUACAGGCAUGUGCCACCAUGCCCAGUUUAAGAUUUUUACCUUUAAAAAAAAAGACAAAACAAGUACACAGAAGUUUCAUUCUAAGUUCCACACGUGUAAUGUACUGUGCUUCUAUCCACACUGUUCCAUUACCUCUUUACCCCCCAUUCCUCCACUGCCUUCCUUUUAUACCUUCACCUUGUGAUAGCUGUUUAUCUAAAGAGAUGUGUGUAUGUAGACACACUUGUGGCUGUGAUAAAGGUCAUCAGUUCAUCUCCAGCUUGGUUCCUUCAUUUCACAUGUCCUGAGUGUAUAGUGGCUUCAGCAACAGGAACUUGGAAAUAGUCCUGACGGGAAGUUAAGCAGGAGCAGAGACUGAACUCUGCUUACUGGCUUUCUUACACAGCCCAGGCACAUGGGCCUAGGGAUGGGAUUGCCCACAGCCUUUAAGAAAAUCCUCCACAUACCACAGGCCGAUUUGAUGGACACAGUUCCUUAAUUGAGGUUCCCUCUUCCAAGGUGACCCCAGGUUUCUCAAGUUGACAGCUGAAGCAAACUAUGAUAAUGUAUUUUGCAUAUUUGACUCUUCACUAAAGUCAAUGUGGCUAGCCACUAGAUUUCUUGAUGUAUCUUGGCACUUUAAAGCUCUUUAACCUUCGAUACUAUAUAACCUUUGAAAAUGAAGUCAGCACCACACUUUUGUUUUGAUGCUGUUGGUAAUGAGGUCUCAUCAUACAGCAUCAUAGAAUGCUCAAGAGCCCUGACACUGGAAGCCCCCGUUGCUAGUGUCUGAGUCCUGGCUUUAUUUAUUGCUUACUAGCUUUGUGAACUAAUCUGUGUGCCUUAGUCUCAUGUCUACCUCAAAGUGUGGCUUCACAGAUUAAAGCUUUAUAAAGUGGUUUUUAUCACAGA